GGCACUUCCGCCCGCACGAGGCCUUCCGGUGCGGAGGUCACCAUGGCGGCGUCCUUGGCUCGGCUCGGGCUCCGGUCUGUGAAGCAGGUUCGGGUUCAAUUCUGCCCCUUCGAGAAGAAUGUGGAGUCGACAAGGACCUUCCUCCAGGCGGUGAGCAGCGAGAAGGUCCGUUCCACCAAUCUCAACUGCUCGGUGAUUGUGGACGUGAGGCACGACGGCUCCGAGCCCUGCGUGGACGUGCUGUUCGGAGACGGGCAUCGCCUGAUUAUGCGCGGUACCCACCUCACCGCCCAGGAAAUGCUCACAGCCUUCGCCUCCCACAUCCAGACUAGGACUGCGGCGGGGAGCGGGGACAAGCCAGGCGCUGGUACCGGGCGCUGACAGUGCAGAAGAGAUCAACAAGCAGAUUUUAGCUUGGGAUUGUUAGGACACUUACCUAAGAGUUUGAGAGACUUCGUCACUCGAAUCACCAUCUGGAGGGCCAUGGAGCGCCAAAAAGAAAAAAAGAGCGAGCCCUGUGACUACUGAUCCAACCAACGUUUCUGAAACGAGACAUGAUUGGAGAGGGAUCUGCACAAACUUGAAUUUAUUUCAUUUUCUUACCAUCACUCCCUGCUUAACCCUUUUGAAUAUGGCUUUUCCCACCACUCACUCAAGGUACCUCUUGCUCUUAUUAGCCAAAUCCAGUGCUGUUUUUCUCGGUCCUCAUAGUUCCAUGUCAGUAGCAUCUGCCACUUUUAAUUCACUCCCUUGUGGAAGUUCUCUUCCUCAUGGGUUUUUUUUUUCUUUUAACCAUAACAUUGUACUCUCAUCCUUCAUUUUCUUCUGUAUGUCUGAGCAUUUCAUCCUGUCAUAACUUGAACUCUGGGGUUAAAUCCUACAUUUCUGUUUGGCUCUAAUCUCAACGACUGUGCUAUGGGCAGGUUACCUACUACCGAUUUCCUCCAAACCCCACCAAACUCUGUGUCCAAAAUAGAAUUGAUAAUCUUACAUAUACAUAUACUUUCCUCUCCCCCUGACUUCUCCAUUCCUUCAUCUGCUUCAUCUUCUCAGCCACCUGGGCUGGAAACCGCAGCAUUAUCUCUGCUUCUGUCCUCUCUCUUUCCCUGCGUAUCCAGUUAGUAAAUUCAAAAUAUUCUUUUUUAAACAAAAGCUUCUGAAAUGUUUUCUCCAUUCCCAUUCACUUUCCUGUAUCAUUGUAUUCUCCCACCCAAUCUCCUUUUUUUCUGACCGUUUUUGCUGCUGCUUACUUUUAUCUUUCAAAGCACAUCACUGUUUUUAUGUCUCACUACUUGUUUCACACAGUGCCCAAUGCGUUUUUCAUACUGGGUUACCAACUCAUUAGAAUGGAUCAUGAAAUCGAUUUAGAGGGUUAAAUCAGCCUUUCAAAAACAAAGUAAAAUAGAAUAAAAAGUAUCAGAGUGCA